GUGCUGAUAAAGUGUCCCUCCCAUGGCCGUGCUCUGAGGCUGCCGAGGGGCCGUGAGCAGCAGCGAGGCAGAGCAAGGUGUUCCCUCUGCUGGCGGCGGCGGCGGUGGAGAAGACGGCAGGUGGCGGGUGUGGGCGGGGCCAACACCACGCACGCGCCACACCUCCCCCAUCCCGUCCCUCCUGCCCCCUUCAUCCCCCGCAGCCACAGCCUCAGUCUCGGAAGCUGCAGUGGUUUCGGGGUGCCGCGCGGUGACGGUAGGAGGCGGGGAUACACGGUGCCUCGGCCUGUCCAUGGAGGUGUCUUCGGGAGAGGAGCUCAGCGGCGGGCCCCAGCGGUCGAGGGCGGCGCGCCAAGCCUCCUGAUCACAGUCACGCCACCAGAAGCAGCGCUCUGAGGCUGUGCUCCGGCAAUGAGGUCUGUGGGGCGAGUGACCAGUGAGGACACAGCGCCUCUCCUAAACCCCAGCCCCGAGCAAUAGAGGCACAAGUAACAGGCUUGAUGGAGGAGGAAAAUGAGGCUCCAGUACCUAACUUUAGGCGGCGCGGCGGGAAUCAGUGAGAUAAAGGAGGAGGCGCGUUACUGUGUCACUGUUACCGUCGAAAAGCCAAGCGUCUGGGCGAGCUAAGCCGGGUAACAUGGUGGGGAAGGAGACAGUGCCCGAUGUGUCCAACUUCUCGUGCUGGAGUUCGGUGUUCCAGCACCCGACCACGCCCUCCCCUGGCGACGUGGUGAAGGCCGUGUGCUCGUCCCUCCUCGGGCUCCUCGUCAUCGUGGUCAACAGCAUCUUCAUCUUUGCCGUCAACGGGAAGCGCCACGCCAGACACCUCUCCUUCCAGCCUCGGUACCUCCUGACCUCCCUGGGCGUGUGUGACCUCGCCAAGGGCCUCGUGGUUGUGCCUCUGAGUGUGUACCCGAGCCUCUACCACUGCUGGCCGUACCCGCCUCUGCUGUGCGCCGGACAAGCCCUGCUGCUGCCCCUCCUGCACCACCAGGCCGCCGUCACGCUGUCCCUCCUCGCCCUGGACCGGUACUGCUGCCUGCUGCACCCGGCAAAGUACAGCAGCCACGCCUCCAGGCCGAUGUGCGUGGUGGUGGUGGUGGUGUCGUGGGUGGCGUGUGCGGGUCUCCACGCCGCUGUCUACCUGCCCACGCCACACUUCUACUUUAAUCACAUCUCCAGCCACACCUGCGAGCCCUACCACACCCUCAACGCCAAGGUCAUCAUGGUCGCCUGCACCGUAUACUUCCCCACGACGAUGGUCACCAUGUACUGCUUCGGCACGGUGUUCCACAUGGCCCGCACCUCCUCCCUGCAGCGCCUCGUCACCGCCACCGUCACCACGCCGGAGAUCCUGGGCGGCGCGGUCAUGGAGAAGGUGAUGAUGGCGGAGCGGAGGGAGAGCAUGAGGAGUUGCCGCGUGAUGGCCGUUGUGUCGCUGUCCUUCAUCAUCACCAUCACGCCCUGGACGCUGAGGCAGAUCAUCGCGGCCUGCACCAACUCGAGGAUCCCGGGCGGCCUGGAGUACGGGGUGUGGAUCGUGAGCGUGUCUGGCGGCGUGGUGGUCAUCUUCAUCUUCUGGCUGCUGUCCGCCCCGCUGCGUCAAGCCACCGAGGAGAUGCUACACAACAGGGUGUGCUGCGGCAACGUGUACUACGGCGACUCGGACGAGAUCAGCCUGGCGCAGGUGCCGGCCCAGCCCAGCAGCAGCGUGUGCAAGGCCACCACGCACCACUACAACGGGGGCCACGCCGGCACUUGCCCCGCCGCUCGCGCCGCCAUGAGCUGCAACGUGACCCCGAGACACCUGGCUAAUGGGCGGCCCCCUGCCCCGCCCCUGGAUCCCGCGACCGUGGACCUGGAGGCUGUGGGGGAGAAGUACUGGGGGGAGAUCCUAGAGAGAACCGUGUCGUCCUCGUCGCUUCACAACCUGCAGAGGAUUUACCGCAACGGGUCCGGCCCUUUGACGGACCUCCGCAACUUCAGCAGCUCCACAGCGCUUCCAGACCUACGACCCGGCCCGGUGCCCGCCGCCUGGCGCCUCUGAGCCCGUGUGUCGAGACCGCAGCGGGAGGAAGGGCCGCAAAAUUAAUAACAUUAUUUGUGUUCACAAGUCGGAAAACUGGACACCUCAUAAAGCCAUGUUGUGGAAAGGAUCGAAAAUUAAUUAGGAUCAGUAUGUGAGACACAGUAUGAAGAUAUGAAAGAUAUUCUCGGUACAAUAUUUUUAUACAGUAUUGUGAGAUGACUACCUAGAGAGUUGAACUUCGCCAAGCACAGAAUAUGUAGCGUAGCCGCUCGUGUCUGCCCCGCCACCCCCCCCGCCCGGGCAGGGCGAGCACGGGAAUUGGGCGGGACCCACGGCCAGCUACGAGCCUCUCAUGCCACCAACCUGCAACAAUCACGAG